AUGGCAAAGGAACCAGCCAUGGAGUCGCACGGAGGUGACUUGAUAUACGACGGAGACUGGCGGAUGAGGAUAAUGCGACAGCGUUCGAAACGCUGCGAGCAGCGACGACGAUGGGAGGCGCGGCGGCGGAAUGUGUCGACGCUGCGGCACCGGCCGUCAGGUGCAGGCUCGUCGGCGUUGUCAGCCCUCUGGACAAUCGGCUACGAAAAUGGUGACCGGAAUGGCGUCGGUGACUGUCGAAGGCGAAAGUCGGCCGUGGCCGAGCUAGUGAGCCUUGUGUUGUUGGUCGUGAAGUGUCGGCGGCGGGAGUUGGCAGAAGAAGCGUCGCCGACGACAGUGGGGCUUGGAGAGAGAGAGAGAUGUGUUGGGAUAACUCUCUCUCUUCGGCCGAAGACCCCUUUUCUCUCAACUCUGCGGUUUCAAAUUUGCUUCAGCGGCACCCUCCUGUCGGCGUUUUUCCGGCUAUUUCAGCUCGAUUCGGGUCGGCCGUGGUGGAUUGGCGGCUGGAUGGGCCGUCUCUCUGAGUUCCCGGUGGUUUGGCAGCGGUUGGGGGUGCCCAGCGAGUCGAUGGCUUUCCAUGGCCGCCGGCUCCAAGCCCGCUGUUUUGGACAACCUUUUGGGGUCGGGUUCUUUCACAGCAAGCUCGUGCCUUGGUUCGGUCGGUCUCUGUGUGGGGAUCGGUGGGCUUCAUCGGCAGCGGCAACAUCCGAUCUGGAAGGGGAAGGGGGGCUGUGGUCUCCGGUGUUUGUGUGGGCGCAUUUUGCAGUGAGACGCCCGAAUUUUUCGACGGUGCUUGCUGUUGGAAGGGUAGGUGAUGUUCCGGCGGGUUCUGGUUAG